AUGGAGCGACAGCGGGCACCAAUCCGGGCCCAAGAUUCCAUGCCCCUGCUCAUCGCGGGGCGCACCUCCCUGCGGCUGGUAGCACGCUUGGGGCUCUCCAAUUUUCAGCUGCUGCAGGGCCUUCUGGCCGUGGUAUUUCUUCUCCACGCAGCCGAUGGCGCCAUGCUCCCCGGCAUUUUCAAGGCGUUGGAGGAGGGUCUACAAGACGCCACUCCAGUCUCCCUUGGUGGCAUUGUCUUCAUCGAAGCUUUGUGCCACAGCUUUGCUGUUCUCGUCUGGGGUGUCCUGGCGGACAGAUACUGCAAGUUGACGCUUCUGAUGUACGCGACCCUGUCUUGGGGCCUGGUGACUGCGGCGACCUCCUUCGUCAUGAGCGUGCGCGUGCUCUGCGUGGUUCGUGCACUGGCAGGCAUCACCGGUGCUGCAAUUGGCCCUUUGUCUCAGGGCCUUAUUGGCGCCGUCUGCCCGCCAUCCGACCGAGGCCGAGCCUUUGGUUGGCUCAUCGCCUGCGGUCAAAGCGGCUUUAUGCUCGGGGUGCUGCUGGCUGGGGCCACAAGCCAUUUGAAGGCCAUCCACGGCUGGCGGGGUACAUUCCUCAUCUUCGGGCUGCUCACGCUUCUGUUGACCUGGAUCCUGUCCAUGGCCAGAAUGGAGGUGGCGCGUGGCCUGUUCCAGGAGUCACGGACCUGGGCCCAGCUCAGUGCGGCCAAGAAGCAGGGCACUCCGUCCGGAGAGCCCCUGAACGACAUCUGGAAGGACUUUAUGUUCAUGCUGCGUCGAUCCUCCUUCUGGGUGCUGAUCUUGCAGGGAGCCUUCGCCAGCACCACUGUCAAGGCCAUGCAGUACCAGAUCAUGUGGUACCAGUAUUUGGGCUUUAGCGACCUCGUGGCGUCCAGCAUAGCAUGUGCUGCUCCGUUUGGCAGCAUCUUUGGGUCGAUCACGGCGGGCUUCAUAUCUGACUGGAUGGCCAGGAACUAUCCAAGGCAUGGCCGGAUCACAUACGGCCAGCUGAUGGACUUUGUGAAAACGAUCGUGCUCCUCUAUACAUUCGUUCUCAGCGACACUCCCAGGCCGGAUACGCCCAACGUCUUCAUCACGAGGACGGUGUUGAGCUUCUUCUUCGGCUUUUUCUCGAUCAUGGCAUACUCAGCAGUGGUCAAGCCGCUGUUUGCCGAAAUCGUCCCGGCUCAGAUGAUCGCGCAGGUCAUCGCUCUUGCCGCGGCGAUCGACGGGGGCUUCGCAUCAAUAGCAAGCACUCCUGUCGUGGGCUUCAUCACGCAGCACUUUUUUCACUACAAGAGCACCACGCUCCCCAUCAAAGACAUGCCGCUGGAGCUGCGCCAGGGAAACGCGAAGGCACUGGGCCACUCAAUCGCCUGGGUGACGCUCACGGGCUCAGUUGUGGCGCUUGUCGUCUUCAGUUUCUUGCACUUCACCUAUCCCAAGGACCUCCGCAUCUCCAGACGCGUCGAGGCGGACUCCUUGCCGGCUGUGGAGGACGGCGACUCCUCCGAUGCCGUUGAUGAGGAGGGAGGCCUCACAAGCCAGCCGCCGUCGCAGCCGAAGAUGGUGAAGAAGGUCUCCUUUGAUCUUGGGGCACAAAGACGGAGUUCAU